AUGGCGGCGGUGCUGGUGUCCUGAGGCGCACGAUGUGGGGCAGGCAGUGGGGCAGGCUGUGGCCAGCGCGGCCGUUGGCCGCCCCCCGCAGGGGCCUGUCCAAGCCGGCGGCCCCGCAGAGCACCCGGCAGCUGCGGGAGGCCGAGGAGGCCGCCCCGGUGUUCCAGUACGUGGGGAAGGCGGCCAAGAGGAAGGACCGCGUGUUCGUGUGGGGCUUCUGCUACUCGGGCGCCCUGGGCAUCCCCAGCUUCGUGAAGCCGGACGCGGGCUGGAAGAAGCCGCGGCGGAUCCAGGGCACUCCUUACCGGCUGGAGACGGAGGAGAAGAUAUCCUCUGCUGCCUGCGGUUAUGGAUUCACUCUGCUGUCCUCUCGUACCACGGACAUCACCAAGGUGUGGGGAAUGGGGCUGAACAAGGAUUCCCAGCUUGGAUUCCAGAGGAGCAGAAGAGACCGAACUAAGGGCUAUGAAUAUGUCUUGGAACCCUCUCCAGUUCCAUUACCACUGGAGAAGCCGCAGCAGACUCGAGUCUUGCAGGUGUCCUGUGGGAGAGCCCAUUCCCUGAUCCUGACGGAUAGUGAAGGAGUUUUCACCAUGGGGAAUAAUUCUUAUGGACAGUGUGGCCGGAAGGUUGUUGAAGAUGAAAUGUACAGUGAAAGCCAUGUAAUUCAUCAGCUGAAGGACUUUGACAGCAGAGUUGUCCAGGUUGUAUGUGGGCAGGACCACAGCCUGUUUAGAACCAAGAAAGGUACAGUCUAUGCAUGUGGAUGGGGAGCUGAUGGACAAACAGGUCUUGGCCACUACAAUAUCACCGAUGUUCCUACUAAGCUACGUGGUGACAUUGCUGGAGUAAAUAUUAUCCAGGUCUCUUCCUAUGGGGACUGUUGCCUGGCUGUUUCAGAUGAAGGAGAUGUCUUUGGUUGGGGAAACUCAGAAUACCUGCAGUUGGCAUCUGUCACAGAAACCACACAGGUGAAUGUUCCCAGGCAUUUGCCAUUCAAGAUUGGGAAGAUAAAGGAGGCUGCAUGUGGAGGGACUGGCAAUGUCGUGCUGACAGAAGAAGGAAAUGUUUUUGUCUGGGGAUAUGGAAUUCUUGGGAAAGGACCAAACCUAAUAGAGACAGCAGUGCCAGAGAUGAUCCCACCCAGCCUUUUUGGCUGCUCAGACUUCAAUCCGGACAUCCGUGUUGCUCACGUUCGCUGUGGACUCAGCCAUUUUGCAGCACUUACAAACAGAGGAGAACUGUUUGUAUGGGGCAAGAAUCUAAGAGGGUGCCUGGGAACUGGAAGAAUGGAAGACCACUAUUUCCCAUGGAGGGUGACUGUACCCGGUGAGGUGGUGGAUGUUGCAUGUGGAGUUGACCAUAUGGUAAGCAUGGUUAAGUCUUUCACCUAGUCAUACUGCUGGGCCUCACCACUGUGCUAAGAAGAUGGGGGCACUCGGUGGCAAGCUCCUGGAAAGGAAGACUCAUUCUGUGAAGCCAAGUGAGGAGUGACUGAGCAGAGAUGGCCGUAAUAGCUCCUGGGUGUGUUGUCAUCUCUGCAUCAUUGAAAUGCUCCAGCCUGGCUGCAGGAAGGAAGUAUGUUCCCUGAGGAGUGAAAAUGCAAGGAGUGCUCUGGAUGGUUUGUGAUGAACUUACAGAGAUACUGAGGCCAGCCACAGCUGGUGAAUCCAUCUGUGCCUAAGGAUGGAGGGCAUCUGGAUCAGGGAAGACUGGCAUGAGGUGAAAUCUGUAGCACAGGACUUUCAUUUAUAGAUGCUUUCCCUGUCACAAGCUCUGGGGUGUCAGUGUUGGGCUUAUCCAAAGUAUUUCUCAAGGAAAGGGGGGGGGUUAAUAACUAUAUGUGAAAGAAAAGUGAUGCUGGCUGUUGGAGUCCAGCACAGCUGUCCUUGUGUCCACCACCAGCUGCCUUCUGCCCAGGCUGCUGUGUGUGUGGAAGAUGAAUGCACGGUGGCUGGAGGCAGAGGUGUGCUCUUAUCCUGGGCUGUUCCAGGCUUUCCAUGCGAGCUCUGAACACCAGAACAUGUUGGUUAAACUGGAGGAGUGAGAUCUUGUUUGCAGGAAGAAAAUACUGUUAAAUAAGACAGCCUGGAGAGGUAGUCAUAGGCUGUCUAUGCUGCUGUUGCUGUGGAAGGACAGUUUGAUAAUGACAGUAGCCAAUCUAUCCUAUUUAUGGACGUAGGUUGGAAACAAAGCUCCCUCUUAGCUGCUUGCAGGGUUGGUAUUCAGGCAAUAGAUGUGAGCAGUGCUGACUGCUCAACAAGUGCUUUAGUCUUCAUGUGCUGAUCACAGACCACUACCUUUGAUUUCUACACUGCCUUCAGGGGUUUGGUGGCUCUCAGUUGCAGAGAGCCUUUUAUAUCACACAGGCUUUUUGGGAGCACCGAACAGUGUAUGGACUCUCACUGGGCAAGAAGCAGAGCCUUGUUUCUUGGUACCUUCUUAGCAGAGAAGUUGGGGUGAGUGCAGCUAGCCCAUGGUGAGCUGAUGGAGAUGGGAUGCAGGAGCUGUGUGUGCCUGUAGCAGGCCCUUACCGAAUCUCACACUGAAGUGUGGGGAACUCUCUGGUGCAGUACCCCAAGCAUCAGGUGAAGAUUUGUCAUUUCUCUCAGGGGAUGUGUGUUCUGUGCAAAUGAGUUUGGCAAAAUUGAAGCUGAUACAUUUUUAAUAAAGUGAUUCUAAAGUCA